CUUGCAAACCUGAAGCAAUUGCCACCACCUCCAAAACAGGCAACUCCUAUUGCAACUGAAACCCGUUCAUUGCUUAUUAUUCAUGCUUGCAAAGCCGGUGAAAGUGGCAAGACAGGAAGUAGUUUGACGUUUAAGGUUAAAAGAGUUAUUUUCAGUAUCAUUUUGCGCUUUGAUAUUUGUGUCAGUUAGUCUUAGCUAGCUAGCUAACAUUAGCCGUUUUCGUUAAUUUCCCCCCCCCACUCGUGACAGAGUCACACUAACACUUUGUCGACCCAAACGACCGGUUAUUCGACUCGUUUUUUGGACGUUGUGUCGGACACUGAACCCAUGGCUGUGUUUCAGUCCGCGUGGCCACCAUACAGUUACGUGGCUAGUGAGUAUGCGAACGUGGGGGUGCCGUUGCAUCACCUGAUGCCCUGUUUUUACAAUAUGGUGGUUGAAAAGCCAGGUCCAAAAGCAAUCAGGAGUUUCUUGCUGGAGAGGUCUGUAUUUGAUUUGGUGGAUUAUCACAAAUUCCUCUCCUUGACUGAUCCAAAGCUGCUGGGUUGGUACCUCUGUUUGUCUGCAGAGGACAGAACGAUCAUACAAGAUGAAGGAGGGUUUCAGCAGUUCCUGCUAAGACAUCCCGCCCUAGAGCUGACUCGGCAUCAUGUUUAUGUGAAGUGUCACGUUUCAAGUGUCAGACCCGCCCAGCCAGCCGUGAUGUCCAACAGGCCGACGCAUGUCUCACAAUCUACAUUGUCCGGAGCAACCAAGUGCGGUUCUGACUUGGAGAGACUUCCCAAUACUGUGAGGGAGACUUUAAACCUGCUCGGCUGCAGCAACAGCGGGGAUGUAUCCCAGAAACAUCCGGCAGCCUUCAACAGCUUCCCCACGCUGGAACCACACCAGCAGAACGUCUGCUCAAUGGGGGCUUCAUCGCAUCUGAACGAACAAAGGCCAUCGUGGCAGACGUCCAGCAAGGAUUCGGCAGCUCUGACGAGCUUCUCUCUGGACGUGGAUCUAGAACGGCACCGACAGGGGGGGCAGCCUGAGCUCAGGAGCCAAGGCCAGAGUCCCAUCUCCACAUAUGCUGAAGUCAGUCUAUUACAGUCAGAAUGGCCAACAAUUGAAAAAGGCUUGUCUCCGGAGUACUACAGCUUUGACAGUGUUCAAAUGGACGGUACAGAGUACAGCGACAGGAGCGUUCUCCAGCCAGUGAAGCUCGAAGCGACCGGCUCACCUCUGGACCCGGUGGAGGAGAACAGCCCAGAGGAGGGGCUUCACGAUCACAUGGCCUGUGGUAACGAGUACACUGAAGGUGAGGAUGAAGCGAGCUUGAGCUUUGGAGAUCAGAGUGACAACUUCCACAGCAUCAUGGAGAGCGAUAAGAGCAUACUGGCCUGCCUGAUCAGCGAUGACAUCAAAGCACAAAACAGUGGGGUUCACUCAGGUCCGGUCCACACUGAUGGUGCAGCCAACAGUGAGACCUCGAAGUCUGAUCAGUCUGUCGCUGCAGAACACUGCUGCUCCCUUAUGCCCAGAGUUGCUACCCGUGACAUUACAGUUGGCACCGAGCUGCCGCCGUGCACGUCAGCCGUCACCCAAACUGAGCGUCCGGAAACGGCUGACAAGCACGUGAUCACUGAAGUCCACAUGGUGGAUCUAGACUAUCUCGCUGAGGAAUUUAUCAAACUGAAGAAGGUUCGAGAGAAACUACGAGGGCAGAAAGAGGAAAUGAAAAGUUGCGGUGGUAAGUUGAGAAAGGACUGUGACUGUGUCCAGCGUGCUCAGCGAGCAGAGCUGAGGCUCCUGGCCCUGCAGCACAGCAUGUGCAGACAGUACUGCUGGAGACUCUACUACACUUCUUCUGAGGGAGUAACGCCAAAGAACCCUUCUGCAAACAUUGCAAGUGUUCUGCAACAACUGGAAUCUGAGUAUAAUCUGAUGAGGGAUGAGAUCCUGGCAGGAGUUCCUCUGGAGCAGCUUCGGCCUCUGUCUGUUGAUUCUGAGAAGGUCACCACACAUGCAACUUUCAUCCCUGCAAAGACCAUAAGUGAGGUGCUGGGAAAUGUUCCAUCUCGGAGCUCCCAGGAGCCCCAGAAACAUAAAACAUCGGGAGAAGAAAAUGGAUGUCCUGCUGAUCAAAGCACAAAUGGCUCCCAGCUCAGUCAGAGAAAGAUGGAGAACAGCAAAGCAAGAAGAGCCGUCGCUGUUGUUCCCCAAGAUGGAGAUGCUACCCAUAACGCUCACAAGCCAGAAGAAAAGAAGACGACAGAGGAACGCCAAGAGCUCAACACGUGUGAGGCGUGGUACGACGCUGAGGAAAACCUGCAGCAUGCAGGACCGGCAGCAGCAGCCAAGACGGGCCAGGAGCCCACCGUGAAAGAUGAGACUAAUGAAUCAGCCAGCGAGGAGGUGAAGAGCUCAGUGCUCUGUGUUUCUAAUCUGCCCGGUAACGUGACCGAGAGUGAUGUGAUGCUGUGCUUUGAGAAGUACCACGCCUCUGAAGUCAGCAUCUCUGCGUUAAAGAAUGAUGUGAGAGUUGCCAUCGUGAUGGUGAGCGGACCCCAAUCUGCCGAGGCUGCAGUCAGAGAGCUGCGUGGCUGCUGCAUGCAAGGUCACGCUUUACAUGUGGAGCACAUCAACAGAGCCAGUGGUGGGAGCCAGAGACCGGCCUCAGCCUCCAUCAGGGGGCUGGAGUCUUCAGGGGAUUCCACCGGACCACAAAGCUCCAAGACUGAACGAAAGCUGAUAAGUCAGCCACUGCUCAGCUCCAGCAUGAAGAACAGGAAGGUGGUCUGCAUCUCCCCCACAGCACAGGGAACCUGCGUGCCCCAGCACUACGGCACCAUGGGCAGCUUCGACACCCUGAUGGCCGAGCUGAGCCAGCGCCACCCGGACGUGGGCAGGCAGAGGAUCGUGGACGCUCUGAUGGAGCUGAAGGCGAAGCACCGGGGCGUCCUCAGCGGGCUGCCGCUCAGGACCAUCAGGGAGAUGACGUCCGAGCUUCUGACCCGGCCCGCCGCGAGAGACACGACGUUAUAAAGGAAGCUUUGUUCAGUGCUGCCAGUCUUUUUGUUGUUGCAUGUUAUUGGUUUGAAGUCACAACUCUGAUAUUCCAAAGAAGGGGAAGCAAAAUAAUCUAUAAUUAGAUUACCUUACACUCUACUGUACUGUGUUCUUUCCAGCUAGCUUGGAUUGUUUUUGAUUAUUAUAUUUUGUUUGUAUAUUAUAGUUUGAGUGCCUCCUCUGCCAGUUAUUCGGCAGUUUAAUUAUUUUUCUAAAGAAAAUCCUUGAUGAAGACUUCUAAAUGGUUGCAUACAGUUGUAUAUG